UCACCACCACAGUCAACUCCCAUCCACUCCCUUCUCUCGCUCUGUUUUUGCUAAACGCCGAGUCUGAAUCCACUUUCGCGCCCACAAGAGAUCUGCCAUGGCUGCUUCUGUUUCAACUUCUUCCUCUGCUUUUUCUCACAAACCGUGGGAUCCCUCCUCCGAUUCUCCCCCGAGAAUUUCUCUCACCCCUCAUCAGGUCAGGGACUGUACUGAAGCGCUGGGCAGCUUUAGGGAGAGAACGCCGGAGAUGAUCGAUCAAGAGUUCGCCCACUUGGAGGCCAAUGUGAUAACACUGAGUGAGCUGAGGAGAAGAUGCACCGUAGCUCUAAAUGACGUAAAUCUGAACAAAAAUCGGUAUCCGGAGAAUGUCCUGCCAUUUGACGAUAACAGGGUCGUUCUGGAAUCAUGUACAGAUGAUAGACCCAUGGCCAUGGGAUAUAUCAAUGCAAGCUUUCUCUCGACCUCUUCAGCUGAGAGUGUUUCUCAGUUUAUAGCUACACAAGGUCCAUUGCCACAUACUUGUGAGGAUUUCUGGGAAAUGGUAAUCCAGUGCCGCUGCCCCGUCAUUGUGAAUCUCACUGCGCUUGUUGAACAUAACAAGAUUGUAAAAUGCCACGAUUAUUUUCAAGCUGAGGGUGGACCUUUAAAGUUUGGUAAUAUCUCUGUUGUUUGUGAAUGGAUGAAGACUAUUGAAUACUCAUUGGUAUUGCGCCAUUUGAAGGUGCAUAGAAAGGAAGAUCCGCCCUUGUCUGUUUUGCACAUUCAUUAUCCUCAGUGGCCUGACUAUGGAGUCCCCAACGAUACACAUGCUGUGCGCGCAAUUUUUAAGAGAUUGUACCAUUUACCACCAAAACUUGGCCCAAUCGUGGUGCACUGCAGUGCAGGUAUUGGCAGAACUGGAGCAUAUUGUGCUGUUCACAAUACAAUUCAGAGAAUCCUUGUAGGGGAUAAGUCUGCCUUGGAUCUUCGUAAUACCAUAUCUGUCUUCAGGUCGCAGCGAUAUGGAAUGGCUCAGAAACAGAGCCAGUACAAUUUCUGCUAUGAAGCUACUAUAGAGGCACUGGAUGAGCUUGUCUCUAAUCAUCAGCAAUGAGGAGGAAUAUUUGAUGUUGAUGACAAGAUCAUCGUUUGUGGACCUCUCACUUCCCUUCUUCCAUUAAUUACAUCGUCCCAACUUUUUCUUGUGGGGAAUGUGUAUGAGCUGGAAGAGAAAAGAAUCGGAAUCGAUGUGAAAUAUAACAUAUAAUGGGGUGAAAAAAGUAAGACUCUUCCCAAGCCUUGAAUAAUGUGGUUGGCUUCUGACUCUGUCCAAUUCCAAGUAUUCACUGUAGCACAAGGAAUUCAAAGAAAACGGAAUAGAAGAUAAGGCGGAGACUUCUUGCUCCUCAUCCACCAUCUUGUGUUAAAAGGAUGGACGAUGAUGAAAGGACUUCCUCGUUGUCAUUAUAUCUGAUGUAAUCGUUUGAUUAAAUGAGAAUAUUUUUAGUUGAUACUUAAGUUCAUAUCCCCAAAAGCGUGCUUGUUGUGAGGCACCUGAUAAAAAUUAGUAUUAAAUCUAAAGCGACAUUACGUGGA